AUAUUUAGUACUACCAGUUGAGAAAAUUAUUAAGAAUCUUUAAUAUACUGCAUUUAAGUUUAAUAUAAUAUCUUCAAAAGAAUUUAAAGCCAUAAGUAUGAGUAAGAAAUUUACGAUUCCAUCGCAUUCCGAAAUUCAAAAUGCUAAAUCUAACCGUAAUAAUCCUACGCCUGCUAUAUUUCAAAAAAGGAAACAAUCCGAACAACCUAAUGAGAGCAUCAUAGAAGAAAAUGUUCCUAAACAAUCAUCAGAAAAAGUUAUGAAUAAAACAAGCACAUUUAGAAGCUUUCAAAGUGACUCUAAACCAACUGUACCAACUGUAACACCUGUCUCAGCAAAUAGCAGUCAAUCGCCAGAAAAGGCUGUGGAUAAAUCAGGCACAUAUAGAAGCUUUGAAACCGUCAAUCGACCUCAAAAACCACUUGUAUCAACUACAACACCUCUCUUGGUAAAUAGCAAACAACGAGGAAAUCCAAUUCUAAAACAUAUACAUAACGUAGCGUGGGAGUAUUCGGAUAUUGUUCCAGAUUAUAUACUAGGGCAAACUACCUGUGCACUAUUUCUAAGCUUGAGAUAUCAUCAAUUGCAUCCAGGUUAUAUUCAUGAACGCCUUAAACUAUUGGGACGAACUUUUGAACUUCGUGUACUUUUAGCUCAAGUUGACAUCAAAGAUUCCAGCCAUAUUUGUCAACAAUUAGCAAAUAUAUGUUUACUUGCAGAUUGUACUCUUAUUUUGGCUUUUACACCAGAAGAAGCUGGAAGAUAUCUGGAACUGUACAAGGCCUUUGAAAAUAAACCACCGGAUCUUAUUAUGGAAAAGUCAGAAGAGUCAUUCGAGGCAAAACUAAUUGAUACAUUAACUAGUGUUAAAAAGAUCAACAAAACUGAUGCAAUAACGUUGUAUUCAACAUUUGGGAGUGUUAAAAAUAUAUUUACUGCUACAGAAGAAGAUUUAUCUUUAUGUUCCGGAAUUGGUCCUCUAAAGGCAAAAAGAUUACAUAAGGCUUUCAAUGAACCUUUUAUAAAGAAUAUUAAGAAAAAGGCUAUAGAAGAAGUUAAUUCAACUGAAGUAAAAGAGAAGUGUGAGAAGGGAAUUGGCAAUGAAAAUGAUAAUGAAAAUGAAGGAUGUUAA